CAGGAAAAAGAGAUUGUGAAGCAGUGGUUGAGAAAACCAUCAGAUCACAACCUCUCUCUUCUAUCUGUAGUGGGUCAUGGUGGCAUGGGGAAGACGACUCUGUUACAAAAUAUCUUUGCAGAUGACAUAACAAAAGAGUUUGAUCUUAAAAUUUGGGUUUGUGUUUCUCACAACUUUGAGGUUGAAAAAGUCAUCACGGAUAUGCUGAAAUAUCUUGAUGAAUGGAGUUCUCAUUUGACAAUACUUCCUCCUCUUCAAGAGAGACUUAAUUCUGUGACGCGGUCCAAGAAAUUCUUGCUUGUUUUGGAUGACAUUUGGGAGGAGAAUACAACCAAAUGGGAGAAAGUUAUCUCUCCUCUGGCUAAUGGAAAAUUGGGAAGCAAGAUAUUGGUUACAACUCGAAUAAAUGCAGCUGCAUCAAUGAUUCCAGAUAUUAUUAUAGAGAAUAAGGAGACGUUGACAUUAACGGGCUUGGAGGAAGCUCAGUGUUUGGAGCUCCUCAAGACUCACGCAUUUGCUGGCAUGGAGAAUUUUAGUAGUGAACAUAAGAAAUUAAUGAGCAUUGCUGAAGAGAUAGUUAAAAAACUUUCAGGAUCUCCAUUGGCGACAAAGGUCAUUGGUGGUGUUCUAAAGUAUGAUUUGACUCCAGAGCAUUGGCAAAGAAUUUCAAACAGUGAUAUUGGAAGAGUAGAACUAGUCUUGGAUCUGAAUACUAAUCCGAUUAUGCCCAUUCUAAGAUUUAGCUUUACAUAUCUGCCACAAUCUCUACAAAUUUGUUUUGCAUUUUGUGGCAUAUUCCCACAAGAUCAUAAGUUUGAUAAAGAUGAUUUAGUCCGAAUGUGGAUUGCAUUGGGUUUCAUUCAGGAAUCUUCUAUUGAAGGAGAGACUUUGGAAGAUAUUGGAGGAAGUGAAAUACGUGGUCCAGAUUUUUAUGAAAUUUCUGAAGCAUGGAGAAGGAUUCGUUUGUUGUUCAUACAGUGUCCACGGCAGAAAAAGAUGUCAGAGGCUUUUGAAAACUUGAAACAUCUUCGAUAUUUGAAUCUUACUGCAAAUCUCACUCAGAUGCCAAGAUCUCUAAGCAGUUUUUUUCAUUUGAGGUUCAUAAUCUAUGAAGAGUGUUCUUUGGAAUCUUGCUCUGAUAAUUUCUUGCCUGACAAUGUGAGUAAUCUUACUAAUCUGCGUCACUUGGGAUUGCCCCGGAAUGUGUUUUCUAGUGUACCUGGAAUUGGGAAAUUAAGGUCACUUCAAGAACUAAGUGAGUUUAAUGUUAAGAAUGAGAAUGGUUAUAGAAUUGGGGAGUUGAAAGAAAUGAGCGAGUUGCGCAAAUUAAAAAUAAAUGGUCUGGAAAAUGUGAACGAUGCUGCAGAGGCUCGCGAUGCAAAAUUAUGUGAAAAGAAAAAACUCACAGAUUUAUUCUUGAAAUGGAAGUCAGACAUGAGAGAUGGAAGCCUACAGAACAUUGUCAAUUCUGACUUAGAUGUGAAUGUGCUUGAAAAUCUUAAACCAUACAGAAAUCUAAAGAGAUUGUCCAUAGUUUCAUACAAGGGUAUAAGCGGUGCAAAAUGGAUGUACGAUGCACGUUUGAUCUCCAAUCUGGAGCACAUCAGUCUGGCU